UGAUCAUUAGUUUUGUCCUAGUUUCGAAAGUUGUUUAUGGGUCUUGUUUCACUUAUGUAGCUCAUGUUAUAUUUUUUUAUAUUAGAUAAAUUAAAAUUUUAGUUAUGAAAAAAUUAAUUUCAUCGUAUUUUUCAACUCGCCUAUUGUUAUGUUGCCUCUAAGCUGGAAAAACUUUAGUUGCAGUAUCAGAUUUCCCAGUUGUUUAAAAGUGAACAGUGAGAGUGAGGAAUAUCUUUUGGUGGAUAAAAUGGCUAGAGAACCUAUUUACCUCAAUGUUUAUGACAUGUACUGGACUAAUGAAUAUACUACUCCAAUUGGAUUGGGUGUAUAUCAUUCUGGUGUUGAAAUUUAUGGUCAAGAAUAUGCCUAUGGAGGUCAUCCAUAUCCAUUUACAGGAAUUUUUUGUAUAACUCCUAAAGACUGUUUACAACUAGGAGAACAAUUUCAGUUUAGGCAAUCCGUAUUAAUUGGACAUACUGAUUUCACAGAGCAGGAUGUUAAACGAAUAAUUCAAGAAUUAGAUAAAGAAUUUAGAGGUGAUCGCUACCAUUUAAUGAACAAAAACUGCAACCAUUUUUCUGGUUCAUUUACUAAGAUUCUUUGUGGUGAAGAAAUACCUUCAUGGGUAAAUAGACUAGCAUAUUUUAGCACAUGUGUUCCAUUUUUACAACGUUGCCUUCCCAGGGAGUGGCUAACUCCUAAUGCUCUUCAAUUUAGUAUUUCUCAGCACAAGGAUAAUACAAAUGAAUCUAGUCCCUCAUAGCCAGCAAAAAUUGUAACACCAUGAAAAAAAAAUUGCUCAAUUUUCAUCUAUUUUUCAGAGCACAACAUGUUUGUUAUAAUGGUAUUAAAUCUAUUACGUUUUCAUUCCUUGUUAGGGUUUAGAUGAUCUAUAUUGUUAGGGCUCCUUGAGGUAUUGUUUUGAUUUUCUUAUGUUUAAUUUCAUUUUGUUUUUUUAAUUGAAACAACAGACCUUAAAAUCCUGCCACUUAUAUUGAAAAUUAAUUAAGGUUUAUGACUUAAAUAAGAAUUUUUUUUAAUCAUACACUUUUCAUGGUUGUAGUUCCUUCAGUUAAUUUUCUUGUUCUACAGUAGGAAACAAGUAGAAAACAUGUUACUUGUCUAAAUGCAAUACUUAAUUCUACUGCCAAAACGUAAAUUAAAAAAAAAAGUUGAGGUAUGAAUGAGAAACGUUUGAGUGUAAUAAAUUUGUUUUUUUGUUAGAUAAUGUUAUGAAAUUGUUAACUUAUGAAUUUCCCUUCUUUAUUACUCAUACCUUUCAAUAUAAAAAUAUAAUUGUCCUUAAAAAAACAAAAGGACAACUUUCAAAAAUAACUGAUAAAGCUAUUGUUAAUAUUUUUGGAAUUAUUUGGGUUCACGCUAUCCAUUUUUGUCAACUUUUCUAUUUUCAUUCUGAUAAUGCUGUUAAACUUCAAGUCUUAAAUGUAUAGGACUAAAAAAAAAUUAUUUUUUUUUGAAGAUUGGAAACAUGUAAAAUAAAUUAAUACCAAUUUAUCUUAUUUUUGAAUGAAUAAAUUUUAAUAUCUAUUGGGUGGUUAUUUUGCCAAGUAUAGCAGAAUUCUCAAUUUUGUUCUGGAAUGUUAAAAAUAAAUUUUAAUCUGUAUGGUGUAGCAACAUCUUUCAUUGUUAACAACUGCCU